AAUUACGAAUGAAAAUGUGUACAGAAGAGACAUUUGAAAGCAAUGCAUCAAAUACCGACUCGAGGUUGCAACUUCCACAAGAACUAAAAGAUACAUGGCACGAGGUGAUUGUGCGUUCUUUUCAACUGUUAUCUUCGAUAUCUGGAGGGAACGACAAGCCACCAUGUUUCAAUCGGCAACAGUUGCUUUCUCCAGUCUUAGUUUUAUGGGACAAGUUCCGUUUUGAUAGAAAGUUCAUCACUUCGUGGAAACAGCAGUUUGUGGAAGCUUUGAAUGAAGAAGUAGUUGUGCGGAAAGUUGCUACUUCCUCGUCUAAUACUGAAAUGUAUAUGUUGAGAAACUUUUCAGAGAUCCCAGUGUCUAAAGCUCGUGUCACAGGCACUCAAUAUAGUCAAGGUAUAAGUCAAGCUAUACAGCAAUUUAUUUGCACUGUUAGUGACCAGUUAUGCCUUUUAGAUUCAAACGUAACAGAAAGCGCUGAAGAAGGUCCUGAACGUGCACAAGAUGCAAAUGACUUGACUAUUCUAAAGAAGAGAAGUCGAAGUACUCUAGAAGAGGCACCCAUUCAAGAAGACUAUACAUAUGAAGAAGUGAUCGAUCUUUUGCCUCCUGUGUACAAGAAGCCGUUGACGGAAAAAGUGACUUUAAGCUGUACGACUAUUGCAAAGGCACCUUUGCUACAUUUGGAACAGGACGGAGUCACAGUUCGAGGUGAAAAAGGUUAUCGUUCUAUUCGUGCUUCACAUGGUGUACUCGAAGGCGACUGGUAUUUUGAAGUUGAAGUUCUUCAAGGGGAUGGAAACGUCCGUAUCGGUUGGUGCACCGUUCAAGCAGAUAUGGAAGCUCCAAUAGGAUAUGAUAAAUACGGCUAUAGUAUUCGAGACAAAACAGGUGAACUAUUUCAUGAGCAACGUUUAAUUCCUUUCGGUGAAGCUUUUGGAGAAGGCGAUACUAUUGGGUGCUUCUUACAUUUGCCUCCUGUCAAGGACAAUAUGAGAGAAGUAUGGGAAACUUUUGAAAGAAAGUGGAUUGCGUGGCUCUUAUACUAUAGUUCUCCAAGAAGGCCUAAUUGGCAUCAACAAGAAACAUGGAGACCAAAGGAACCACAAGUCGAAGGAAAGGAUAUGGGUUAUAUGGAAUUUUUCAAGAAUGGCAGACUUAUGGGCUCUCAAGAAAUUGAAAUAGCAAAAUGGUAUCCUGCAAUAGCUUUGUAUAAGAAUGCCAAAAUAUCUUGUAAUUUCGGUCCGCAUUUCCAAUAUCCUAAUAUGGGACGCGAAUACAGACCAAUGUCAUCAGUCAUAUCCCACACAUAGUUGCUUACAAUUUCGUGUGUUAUCAUAUAUGAAACAUUAUUUAUCCA